AUGUGCUCGCUAACGAAUUUCGCCGAAUUACGGGGAACCAAAGACGCACUAUUCGCAAACAAGAGGGCCAGUCUUUACAAGAGUCGUGUCGAGAAGCUAUAUGUCGAAACCAGCAACUCAAUGGAACGAAUCCGCAGCACAGCAGAAUCCUUAUCAAUGGCAUAUGAUAUGUACAACCUUUUGGUCAUAGCUUCUACGACCAAAGACGAGAGGCAUACCGAUCGACCGCGUAUUCAUAGCGGGACUUCAUCCGCAAAGGAACUAGGGGACUUUUUCGCGGAUUUCAAACAUCAAGUGGAAAAGGAGAUCAGAGAAGCCCAGAUCCAGGAAGAGGGUGAAAGGCAUCACAGUAUAUCCGACGAAAUGGAAAACAAGAUUGGUGGCUUGCAGAAGGAGCUACAAGUAAAGUAUGAGCAUGUCCACCAGCAACUAAGAGAGCAAGAUGAGAAUAUCAAGGUUCUAUCGGAAAAAAUCGAGUCCAUAUCCUCCUUGAUGACAAAGAUACAUGAGCUGCUUCUAAAAAAUGGAGAGAAAGAAACACGUCCUUUUGAUAAAGGCUGCGAUGAAGCAGUGAGCAUCAGUGAAGGAGAGACGAAAACAAUAUCCGAUGUUCCCGAAGAGGACAUGCUAGAUUUGGAUUACGACUACGAAUCUAUUUCUGACCAGAGCGAUUUGAAAACAGACACCACUGAACCACCGGAAUCACUCGAAAAGGAAAAGGCUAACCCAAAUCAAUAUCCAGGAGAGCAAGAGCGACGCAAAUUGGAAGACCGUAUAGAGGACAUCAACGAAUUUCUGAGAGAUAAAAGACAUGUUCCAGAACGUCGAAUACGAAAGUUUGAUAAUAUGCGAUUUGAAGAACGAUAUUUAAUAUGCUCGUUUUGCUUUGCAAAAGGCCAACACUACUCGGAUAGCUGUCCAAAAUUUUCGAGUACAGAAAUGAGGAAAAUGAGAGCACGAUGUUGGUCAUGCCUGGAUAGCCGCCAUGAUACGACCAAUUGCUGGAAUGAGAGCAAAAAAUGUUACUAUUGUGGAUCGAAGAAACACAAUAAAGCAUUAUGCACACUUCCAGAAGAGAUCCACGACUACUAUAAAGAGCUUGAAGAACUGCAUCGUGAGCUUGAAUCAUUCGAGGAUUUUUACGGACCCUCCACAACAUCAUCAAAGUCUUCAGAUAGGGGGGAGUGUCACAGAGGUGACUAG